AUGUUAUUACCCUGGAUAACUUUAAUCUUAAUAUUUAGUCAUUGUUGUUUCGCUAGUGAAAGAUCUUAUAAUGAAAUUGACAUUGAACCUUGUGAUAUUAAUCGUUGCCGAUUACCAUAUUGUUAUUGUUCAAGUCAAAAAAUUCCUGGUGGAUUAACUGUACGUGAUACUCCUCAAUUUAUUGCAUUAACAAUUACUGGUCCAUUAAAUGAAAAAGCUUAUGAUUUAUUAGAAGAUCUAUUUCUUUCAAAAAAAUAUUCGAACCCUGAUGGAUGUCCUAUUAGUAGUACUGUUUUUCUUAAAAAUCAUGCUGAAACAAAUUAUUGUUUACUUAAACGAGUUUUACAUUAUGAAAAUAUUGAAUUAAGUAUAACAUCAAAUUCGAGCGAAUGUCCAACUGUUGAUUGUCGUGUUAAAGAAAAAGAUGAUAAAAGUCCAUAUGUAACAUGGCGUUCGUAUCGUUUUUAUAAUGAAACAAUUGAUUAUCGUCGUACAGUAUCAAAAUUACUUGAUCGUCGUCCAUCAUCUAUUGUUGGUUAUCGUUCACCUAAUUACGAAGUUAAUAAUAAUCAACUACAUUGGCAUAUUUUACGUGAACAUCAGUUUUUAUAUGAUUCAACAUUAAUAACACGUGAAUGGGAUACACCAUAUUAUAAACAACAACAACCAACACCAUUAACAUGGCCACAUACAAUGGAUUUUAAAGCUAAUUAUGAUUGUUCACAAGGUUGUUAUACACAAUCAUUUCCCGGACUUUGGACUAUACCAAUACAUAUGUAUCAAGAUUUAGAUGGACGAAAUUGUACAACAAUAGGUAGUGAUCAUUGUCGUGUACCACGUGUAGCCGAUAAGUUUUUUAAAUAUCUUAAAUAUAAUUUAAAUCGUCAUCUCUAUUCAAAUCAUGCACCAUUUGUAAUGGCAUUUGAUAGUUAUUGGUUGAAUGAACCCUAUACAGCAUGGAGAAUUGAAGGUUUAAAAUUAUUUCUUGAACAUGUACUACGACAUCAUUCAAAUGAUGUUUAUUUUGUUCGUAUGAUUGAUAUUAUUAAUUGGGUAAAACAACCUGUUGGACUUAAACAAAUGAAAGAAGGAUAUUUAGAUAAUAUAGCAUUAAGAUCAAAAUGUCAUAAACAAAUUGAUAUUGAUGAGGAUUUUGAUCAACAAUGUAUUGAUGGAAAAAUAAUGAAAAAUUCAAAAUUAAAUGCAACCGCAAAUGCUCGUUCAUUAUUAUUAUUAUUUGAUGUUGCUGCCGAACCAUUAUUUCGUUCGAACAUUGUUUUUUAUUCAUCAAUUAGCUUCGGUAUUUUUCUUAUUGUAACAUUUAUUUAUGAUCGUAUUUCCGUUUCUUAA